CAAAGGCCACAAAAAUGAUGUUAUUGGAGUUCUUUGAUUUACUCGCUAUAACUAUUGAUGAAUACCUAACCUCUCGAAUAUGCAACAAUUACAGUUACGACACUGUUGAAGCAUUGAAGGCUCUUCUCGGCCAAAGUAUCCUUGCGUGCAAAACCUGCUCGGUACUUUGGAGCCGGUGUGUCAACACUGCUUAAGGGUUCAACAACUACUUGGGGCGUUAACUACAUUCCAAAUUAUCAAAUUUUUGGUAUAUACUGGUUUUUGCUGGACAUACGCUCGAUGGUCGUACGUUGGAAUCAUAUGAGAACUGGAUAUCAAC